UCGACCUCCCUCUACAACGAUUUCCUUGGAAUUUGAUUCUAUUUUCGUCGACGUGGUGACGCAAACAUGCCAUCAAUUGGUGGCAUUGAUAAUUCUCGGACCAAAGAUCGUGGUUUGGAAGACGUUACUAGUCUAAUUUCCGUGGAUAUAGGUGGAACAAAUUCGUCGUCGACAUUGAAAUCAACAGCCAUCAAGACGGCAUUGCAAGACAAACCAAUCAAAGUGGAAUCUACCAUCAUGGCACCAAACAAGAAUGGCCAGGUGAAUGGCGAGUGCAAGACCUCUUCUCCUGCUUCAAAAGAAGAGAUCAAGCAAGAUGAAAAGCCAGAUGAUCACCCCGCUGGGAUGGAGAAUGGCGCUAAGGGGAAAGAGCAGGACGGUUGUGAAGGUAAUGAUGUAAAGCCAAAGGAGCAAGUCAACAGAGGUCCAGAGGAGAACAGUGAUGGUGAUGGGGUUCCCGAUGAGGAUCAGAUGGACAAGACAGCCGAGGUAAAGAGGAAGGAGUACAAGGAGAAACCGAGAGCCAGUUCCGUGGAGCUCCUGGGUUUGAAGAAGAUGAAGCAUGCCAGAAUUCCCCAUCAGGGCCAGCUGGACGAGAAGAUAUGCCAGAUCUUUGAGAGUGAGAUGAGACGAAGGAAGAGCUCACCGGCAACUUACCACUACAUGGUGAAGACACCUAGGAUACCUGAAGAGGAUGCGACUGUUGACAACCUGGCCACAAAGAUGACACAGAUGGACGUGAGUGAUGAGAAGAAAAAUGCCUUCGGGAAAAGGAUGGAGGAAGAGAAAGAGAGGAACCCUUUGACUUCAAAAGGUCGUUCUGAUCGUCCCGGUCAUGCCCAAGGGAGAACCAAACCUUACCCAUCGAAUCAACCUGGCAUGGCUUAUGUACAGCAAUAUUCUCCUGUACAGCCAGUAUACCCUGGCUCGAUGGCCUGUCCUCCUUAUCAGGCCUACAUCAGCUCUUCGGGCAAGAAAGUCAUGGUUCCUGGUAUGCCGUCUGAGCAGCAGAUCAAACUUUCAGAUGGACGUACCAUGCAGAACCUUUACGCGAACCAGCCCGUUGUCUCCAAGAAAGACCCAGAGGAAUCCUGCUGGCCUCCAUCUCCAACAGACAGCUCCUACCCUAGUUCUCCAGGUAGUGUGUCUUCUCUCAGUCCUGCUCAUACGAUGCAGCAGACACCAUCGCCGGCCUACUCCCCAGCCUACUCGCCCGCCUACUCACCAGCGCAGACUCAGCCGUCCCCGCAGUCCAUGAUGUCACCAGGGGAUGGCUACCAUGGUAUGUCCACCUCGCCUAACUCACCCCACUCCCCGGAGAUGAUGGUCAUGAUCAAUUCCCCUCCCAGUGUCCAGAGCGAGGACUCCGGAAUCUGCUCACCACCUCACAACGUCUACAGCUGCACAUCGCCUUCAGGAACCAACAGUGGUAUGGUCAUCGACAACAGCCAUCGCCCCUAUGUGGAGAAUCCGAUUCCUGUAGAGAACAUGCAGUACAUCCAGAACCGGACACAACACCAGCAACACCAGCAACACCAGCAACAGCAGCAACAGCAGCAACAACAGCCCUCCCAGGAAGAAGUGGCACAACAGAGCAUUAAGCAUAUCAAAGAUCAGCUCAUGGACUCAUCUCAAGAGUUUGAGCGGAAAACUUACAUCCAGCCCGUUAAUGCCAGGUACGUCCAGCAGUACCCUGUGAACCAGAAUCAAGGGAUGGUGAGGCAGCCACCUGUUUAUCCAGGACCGAACCAGAUGCAAGUGAUCACCCCGCCACCAACCCCUCAAGACCAGAACCGCAACCUUGAGAAUCUGGUCAACAAUAUGCCUCUGGAUGUCCUGUGCUCCUUGGAUGAAGAAGGAGACACCGCUCUUCACAUAUCUAUCAGCCAGGGUAAUAUCCCGCUUGUUCAUGCCAUCGUGAAUCGUCUGUUGAAGAGCGGGAGGAAGGACGCCCUCAAUCUCAGGGACAACAUCGGACAGACACCUCUUCACAUCUGCAUGGUGACGAACCAGCCGGACCUGAUCGUCUAUCUUCUCAAGGCCGGAGCGGACCUCAUGAUUCCAAACAAGGAGCAGCAAACCGUGCUUCACUACGCCGCCAUCAAGGGCUUCUCCUUGGCUCUGCGGGCUAUCGGAUACUGCGUCUGCCAGAACAUGGUCGCCAACAUUGAGAUCGAUGUGGAGGAUAAGAACGGCAUGUCACCGCUUCAGUGUGCCAUCCAGGCCCAUGGUCGUCUUGCGCGUGUCUAUGACGGGACUAGGUGCAUGUAUGUGGAUAAGAUGGUGGACAGUCUGGACUCCAUCAGGAACCUGCUCCAUCUCGGCGCUGACCCUUCCUUCCUGGACAGGAAAAGCGGUUACACGGCGCUCCACUUUGCCGUCGAGCUUCCACCGAGCGACCGGGUGGCAGCCAACACCCACAUCAUCAAGAUGAUGCUGGAAUGUCCCGGAGUCGACGCCAGGCACCUGCUGAAGAUAGCAAACUAUGCCGGUAACACUCCGCUUCAUGUCAUCGCUGGCCGCGACUUCGACGAGGACCACGUGGUGAAGGUCAUCGACCACCUGAUGAGCUUCGGGGCCGACAUCGACCUCAAGAACUUGGAGAAGCAGUCACCGCGUGAUUUGGCGAUCGUGAAGAAGAAGGAGAGACCUAAGGUUUUUGCAAGACUGCAAGGAGACCAUCUUCAAGGAAAGUGAAGCAGCCAAUCAGGAGCCUUGAUACAAACAAGCCUUCACCCAACAUGCAGCAGGUGACCAAUCAUAAGUAAUGUUCAAUGAGACAGUACCCUUUGUGCCCUGUGUGUAAUGUAUCACAUGCAGAAAUGGACAUCUUCUUGUCUUGAAAUAAUUCCAUGCUAUAAGCAUCAAAAGUGAAAAAUUGUUUGAUGCAUGAAAUUCAUAAAUUAUUGUCCCCUUUAAAAUCUAAAAUUGCCCAGACUUCAGGAAAUGCAAGUAUAUUUUUUGUCCGUCAAGAAUUCUAAAACUUUCUUGAUUAUAAUCUUGCCUUGAAAUGCAUUUUGGCCGUUUGAUGCAUUCCUUGAAUUUAAACGAGAAGCUGUCCUGUUAAUGAAAUCAAACAAUUAUCACAGAGAUGUGAAAAUUGUUGAAAGGAUGUUUUCUUGCAAUUGCAAAUGGAUUGGUUUAUCCGAAAAGGAAGUUAGCUUUGUUUUAUCUAUUAUGUAUAUUUGAUCAAAGAUAGUUAUAAAGGUGCUGUAUGAUUUGUACAGUAACAAAAAAUAUUAUAAAAACGUUUUUGCAGCUUGAAAAUAGAUUUUUAAUGAAUUUUCCUCCAGGUGCAAAGAUUUGAAACAUCAACUUCUUUUGUAAUCAAAGUAAAAAAAGAGACAUCAGAAAUUUAAGUUUUAAAUGAUUUAUGGUGUACAAUUGCAAUGCAAAUAUAUGUCAAAAUGUAAAUUGCAUACAUGUAAUGUACAUAAAGUAGAUGUAUAGUACCAAGUAUGUGUCUUUAUAUUGCUUCCGAUGGUUGUUACGCAUGGGGAAAAGAAGACGCGUUAACCCAUAGCAGUUUCUCAGUAUUUAAAGAUCUAAGGAAAUCACUUUUCUCUCCUCCAAUUGGUACCAAUUGUUCUUAUAUUAAACUCCUACAUGCUUCAAAAAUUAUAAAUGUAUAUGAAAUGAACAAAUAUGACUGAAAAUUACUUCAUUUUAUUCAAAAAAAGCCAAUUUGUACAUAAAAAUAGUGAUUAGUGAGUACAAUUAAAUUGCUUUUGUGUUCAUGAAAGGCACAAUUAUGUACAGCAUGUGUCUGCAAUUUUUGUUCUUUCUGUUCAUGUACAAUAGAAUUUGCUGUGACAUUGUUUGUCGAUAAUAUUCCACUAUUUCCUUGUUUGUAUAGCGUAACAAGUGGUCAAUUAGUUCUAUUGAUGUUUUGCCAAAUAAUCAGAUCAAAUUUAGUGACAUUACAUGGCAUCAGCAUUGCAUGUAAAGGAAACAGAGUCUGUUGGGAGUCAGCAAGGCUUUAAAUUUACACUUUAAUGCAGAGAUGACGUCUUAUUUGUGGUUGACGGAGCCAAAUGUAUAAAUUUGUUAUAUGGCUAUAUAGUAGAGAAAUGUUGUACAGUUUGCUGUCAGUGUAGAAAGACAAUUACUACAUCCUCUGUGCCAUCAACGGAACGUGUUAAUUUGUUUACAUGGCUGUGAAAUAGAGAAGUGUUGUACAGUUUGCUGUGAAAAAACAAUUAUAAAAGGAAAAUUAUGAUAUUCAGAUAUUUGAAUCAUUGCGUCAUAUAAAAUUUAAAAGCAGGUAGGUCAGUGUAUGCGGAAAGAUGCUACAAAAUAUGUAAUGGUUCACAUGAUGACACUGUACAUAGGUGCGCAUUUACAAUAAAUUUGUUUAACCCUUUGCUUACAGGAACCUGGGGGUCCCUGUGUUAAGCCUAUGGGACAAAUACAAGUCAGUGGUCAACGGGUUAAAGCUGACAAUGCAAUGUGUAUGUAAAUCAAUGUGACAUAUCUUCUUAUAUCAUCUCUUUAGAUGUGUAGAAAGACAAUUACUACAUCCUCUUUGCCAUCAGCAGAAGGUGACCAUACAAUGUGUAUGUUAAUCAAUGUGACAUAUCUUCUUAUACCAUCUCUUUAGAUGUGUAGAAAGACAAUUACUACAUCCUCUUUGCCAUCAGCAGCAGGUGACCAUACAAUGUGUAUGUUAAUCGAUGUGACAUAUCUUCUUAUAUCGUCUCUUUAGAGCCAGUAGGGUGUUAACUCUGUGUUAAAGUAUAUGAGUUAACACCCUUCUGGCUCCGAACAGACAAUACUUCCCCUCAGCAUGUGGGCCGGGCUCAAAAUAUCAAGACUGAAAGAAAAUAUGAUUCCAUUUCCAUGUUGUAUAGCUUACAGUGAUAUUGCAAGUCUUUCUAUACAGGCAUACUUCUAUAUAUAUAUAUAUAUAAAUCAGAUUGGCCAAUUCUUUGCAAUGUUUUCUGUCUGAUAUAUGUCCUUUUUUACAUUUAUUUCAUGUUUAAAUGAAAAAUAUCGUGAUAUGACCACAUAAUGAUAUUUGUGAUGCCAGGUAGAGCUAUUUAUAGUCCGUGGUCAUAUCAAGACAUUUUAGUUUUAGGAGGAAGUCGUGUAUAACAGUGUUUAAUGUACAUGUAUGUCGUAUGGAAUACAUUGGAAGACAGAAUCUCCCUUAAAUGAAUAUGAAUAUGACAACUCCUUAUAUUUUUAUAUUUUACUUUAGUUUUUAUGUGUCUUAUCAAACAUUGUGUCAAUCAUCUGAAAUACCUUUACUUCAUAGACUAUUAAGAGUUUCACCUAUUUUUUAUAUGCACAAAAGUGCAAUUACGAUACAUUAGAUUUUAAAUGUUUUCUGAUCAAAUGAAAUGAAUGACAUGGGCCAUAAAUAAUGGUUGUGUUGAAUACAAAACUCAUCUUUUAUUAGUACAUUUUUUGCAGGAAAUUUAUAUAGAAUUAUGUAAUGGAUAAAAAAAUAAGCAGUCAAUAUAUUUUUUUUUUUAACGCAUCCCAAGGUACAAUUCCGAAAGAGAGAUAUUUUAACAAAUGUACCUGCAAAUGUGUAUUUAUUUUUAGCGUCAAUUGUAAUUUAGCAGUCUAAGAGCAUUGCGUUUGUCUAACCGUGCGUAUCCAUUGUUAACUUCAUGCGCAGUCAAUGCGUCCUUGGAUUGUAUGCGCAAGUAGAACUAUAUGCCCGGUCAAUAUUUUUACCUAUACUGCCCAGCGGUCAGUAGUGAAUUUCAUGCCUGCAGUGUUGACCAAUCAGCAGCCUAGAAUCUUCAUACGGGGUAUAUGAAUACUAUACAUGUACGACCAAAAUAUACACUGGAGAAUUUAGCAUCUAGACAAAUUAUUUCGACAUAUCAUGAAUUAGGAGAACAUGAUCGCAAUGUAUAUAUAACUUGCCAUGAAGUAAUGUAGGUAAGAACUACCCUCUUGAUAUUUUUAAGAUGAUGUACAUACUAUUUUUAACAAAGAAACCUAUUUGGAAUCAUGGAUUCUUAAUGGAAAAAGGUAUAUGUUUUAAGUUAAGUAACAUUGUAAAUAAACAUAUAGAUUGAAUAGAUGUUUGUAUUCUUCAUUUUUAAGAUGUCUUUUUUGUAAAUAAUGUUCUGCUUUGCCUUCAUGAUAACUUGAUGGAUGGGGGCAGAAAAUGUGAAUUUUUUUAUUCCAGAAGGUGCCAGAGAAUAGCGACGUAUAUCUCUGAAUGACAAUAUAAAAAUAUAGAGAUUAAAAGUAGACAUAGAACCAUUUCAUAUAAAAAUGAAACCCUCUUUCAUAGAACAUGGAACCAGAUAAUGCGCUGAUACUAUAAAUAAAUAGUACAUUAUUGUAUCUUUUGACAAAUUGUUAUCACUGUGUAUGGAGAAUAUGUACAUUUGUAACAAAUGUAGAUGUUGCUGUACACUGUCAGUGCCAUUAUAAAGUUAUACUGAAAAAAGAAGGCACUCUUUAAGAAACAUAGGUAUAUUUGUGAUUAUCACAAUUUUUUACCCUGGCUGGCAAGUCGAUAAAUUCAGUUGAAUUUUAGAUAUUUAAUCAAUUGGGGGGUAAUCAAAAUGAUUUUAUGCUUAUUCAAAGAAAUUGGUUAAGUUUUCCUCUUUUUUUAUUGUAUGUGAUACUGCGAUUCAAAUAUUGAUUCAUUUUUGUCUCUAAGAGUUCUUUUAAUGACUAUUUAAUAAGUGAUAAAGUAUUUAUUAGACCAAAUUGCCCUUCAAAAUAGUUUUCUCAUUUUACCCAUUCAAAUACAA